AUGUUAAGCAACAUGUGGGAGGUCGACAUGUUAAUCGACAUGCGGGGAGUCGACGUGUGGGGAGUCGACAUGUGGAAGUCGACAUGUGGAAAUCGACAUGUAGAAGUCGACAUGUUGGGCAAUAUGUGGAAGUCGACAUUAACUUUCAUUCAUUUAUUUUUCUCUCUUCCUUUAAGUAACUUUCUUUCAUUCAUUUAUUCUUUCUUUCUUUCUUUCUUUCUUUCUUCGAGUAACUUUCAUUCAUUUAUUCAUUCAUUCUUUCUUUCUUUCUUUGGGCAUUCAUUUAUUCUUUUCUUGGGUAAUUUUCUUUCUUUAGGUGUCUCUUUCUUUCUUUCUUUCUUUUUCUUUCUUUCUUUCUUUCUUUCUUUCUGUGACCUUUCUUUCUUUCUUUCUUUCUUUCUUUCUUUCUUUCUUUCUUUGAGUGAUUUUCUUUCAUUCAUUCUUUCUUUGGAAGCCUUUCUUUCUUUCUUUCUUUCUUUUUCUUUCUUUCUUUCUUUCUUUCUUUGA